CUUGCCAUUCCAACCCAGUGACGAGUCCAACGAAAACAUACUACCGACAGUUACUUGUUCCACGCCCAGGAUAACCAGAAUCCCUACUCUGGCCACAGACGACUGACUGUGCUUAACAACUCCCGUACCGUCAGAUGAGAUAACCAGAGAACAUCAGCAGAUACAACAAGAGCUAAGAAACAGCUAUGUCUCUGGAUCCGCCAACUUAUCUCGCAUCGCUGCAGAAUAACAUCCGGCAGAGACCGAUUCCUUGGGACGGUCAAGUGCGCGCGGGCACCCUGACCGAGGACCAGCUGGCCAGGAUCAAGGCUGUUGAGCGGGCCAAGAAGGAUGCCCGCAGGGAAAUCGUCGAAGGAGACCUCGACGGAUACCGGAUACUCUUCGUCAGCGAGGAGGGAAAGCCCAGCGUCCUGGAGCUGGCCAGCAAGAGGACCGAGGUCGUCCAGUACAUCUUGGUCCUCCUGAAGGACUUGCUCGAUGGCGUGCCCUCCCUCCCAAAAGCCCUCUUCAAAAAUGGAGACCCGUACAAACACUUCCUCCCGCUUCUGGCACACUCCUCUAGCCCUGAAGAUCCGAUACCCCUCCUCACAUCCACCGUGCUUGCCAGCCUUAUGGCAAGCUCGCGGGACGAAUCCGCAGCGACUGUCAAGAAGGCCCUCCCCCACCUCUACAGCUACCUCUCCUCCCUGACCAAGAACUCCGAUGCCGGCCUGCAGGAUAUUGGCGUGCUCGAGUACUCGUCCCUGCUCUAUGGCAGUGUUUCCCGGCAGCAGUUCUGGGCACAGCGCAGUGAGACCGUCGAGCCGCUGAUACACAUCUUGAAGACAGCAUGUGGUGUUGCCAAUGGGGACUCGAGCGCGAGCCUGUGGAGCGGGACGACGGGCGUGAGCAAGGGCUUGGACGGCUCCCUGGGUGGUGGCGUGGGUCUGCAGCUGCUUUAUCACGUCCUUCUUGUCAUGUGGCAGCUGAGUUUCGAGGCCGAGGAGGUGGGCGAUGAGCUGAACGACGAGUACGACAUCAUUCCUCUGUACACCCAGCUCCUCCGCCUCUCUCCCAAGGAGAAGACGACCCGGCUCCUGGUAUCGACGCUCUACAACCUCCUGCGCACCAACCAGAAGACACUCCUACCCCAGGCCGUGCUCGUCCGCCUACCCGCCCUCCUUCAGAACCUCAGCACGCGCCAGUUCACCGACCCCGACCUCCAGGAGGAGCUGGCCGCCCUCAAGGACAUGCUCGAGGAGUACACAAAAACAAAGACGACCUUUGACGAGUAUGUGGCCGAGGUGCAGUCAGGCCACCUACGAUGGUCACCACCCCACAGAAGCACGGUAUUCUGGGCCGAGAAUGCCCGGAAGAUCAUCGACUACGAGAACGGCGAGGUUCUCAAGAAGCUGGCCGAGAUCAUGUCGAAGCCCUGGGACAAUGACAAGGCCGUGCUGGCCAUCGCGUGCAAUGACGUCGGCGCCCUGGUCAAGGAAGUGCCAGAGAAGAGGGGCACGCUUGAGAAGCUGGGCCUCAAGACGAGGGUGAUGCAGUUGAUGGCCGAGGCGGAUGAGAACGUGAGGUGGGAGAGCUUGAGGGCGCUGGGCGGGUGGCUGAAGUACAGUUUUGAGAAUAAUGACAAGUAA